AACUUCGAAUAACUUUGAUCUAACAGUCAGUUGAAAAAUUUAAAACAUCAGAUAUACCAGCAAAAAAGUUGCUUUGAGACUCACUUUCCGGAUUCCCUGUACUCCAACCGGCAGCAACGCCCGUUUGUCCUAUCAGGCUGCUCCCAAGAGCAGUCGACCCGUUCAAGGCUAUCCCUCCGAGCGCAAUAUGUGCGCAUGUCCCUGUUCCGGAAGGGGUCUACCACCUCAGGGCAAAGACCCCGAAUCCUGCCCAGCUCCAGGUCCUGGGGGUGGAGGCGGUGGUCGCGGAGGGGGGGCUGGUGCUGGUGGUCCUCCCCAGAAGCGUCAACCCUGUGGUCCCAAGCCUUGCGGCGGAACCCAGUGCACUAAAUGCGCGAAGGUCGGCAAAGAUGGCCCUGGUGGAAAAGGUGGUCCCGCUAGUAGGAGCGCACCAGGCGGUGGCUCCGGUGGACCCUCGGGUCUAGCGGCGCCACCUAACAAUCGAGGUCCGGCGGCUCUGGGAUUAGGUGCCCUGCUCUUUGCCCUCGGGGUCUUCCUCACAAUAAAACUGGGUAUCGUGGCCAAUGAAAUCGGAUGAAACCACCCAGAACGAGAUUGGCCCAGUCCAGGAUCUCAUUCAAGAUCAUUAAUAAGCAAAGGCGUUGCAUUGAUUUGGGCGGGGUACAAAUUAAAUUCCAAAUUGAAAAUAUAAA